CUCUCGCGUAUGCGUGUGUGCGUCUGUCUACCGCGCCUGACGGACGGCGGAGUGUGUGCGGCGGCGGAUUUUGCGUCUCUGCGGUGCUUACUUGUGGUGCUACUCCCUUUUUUCUUGCUUCCACCUUUGGGAUAACGCCGAUCGUCGCCUGGACGUGCCUUCAAGAUGUCGGACGACCACAACAAUCACGACGAGUGCAACGAAAUCCAGGACAUACCGGAGAUCGAGCUCAUCAUCAAGGCUUCCACAAUUGAUGGGCGGCGGAAAGGGGCCUGCCUCUUCUGCCAGGAGUACUUCAUGGACUUGUACCUGUUGGCUGAGCUCAAGACCAUCUCCCUCAAGGUGACAACCGUGGACAUGUUGAAGCCUCCGCCAGAUUUCCGCUCCAACUUUGACUCUACGCCGCCGCCGAUCCUGAUUGAUGGGGGCGAGGCGGUGCUCGAGAAUGAGAAGAUUGAGCGCUACAUCAUGAAGAACAUCCCCGGUGGGCACAACCUGUUUGUGCAGGACAAGGACACGGCCACCGUCAUCGAGAACCUGUACAGCGUGAGUAACAUUGUGGCCAGUGCUAGAAACUUCUCAUAAUUCACGAGUGUUAAC